AUUACAUUUGCAUGGUAACAAAGACUUAAAAGGUGUGUAUAACAAGAAUGAUAAUCGUCAAUUUAAACAGCUGAAACUGCUAUGUGGCUGGACAUUCAAACUGCUCUUGUCGGAUUCUUUGUGGCUCUGUUCGUGUAUUAUAUUCUGAAGAAAAAUAGAUACCGAUUACCACCGGGACCUUUUGCUUUUCCGAUCGUCGGCAACUACUCAGUGUAUACAAAUCCACUCUAUCACAGAGAAGUUGUUAAGUUAUCCAAACAGUACGGACCAGUGCUACGUUUGAAGUUUGGUCCGAAGACGUUUGUAUUCAUCAAUGACUAUGAGGCAGCUAUGGAGGCGCUUGUUAAAAGAAAGACAGAUUUCGCGGGAAGACCAUCCUUGCGAUCACUUGAGGUCUUCUCAGAGGGCAGUGGAAUCUCAUUUUCUCCAUACUCUGAACCCUUGAAGAUAAACCGUAAAGUGGCCAGUGUCGUAUUAAGGCAUCCUUCUUCAUAUAAAAUGAUUCAGUUUAUUGAAAGAAUGUCCGCCGAAAAUAAACCCAUAACAGCGAAAGAAUACUUAAACAAGAUUCAAUUCCAUAUUCUUUUUACUCUAUGCUUUGGACAAAGAACAGACGAAGAAAUAGAAAGUUUUAUUCGGAGAGUAGAAGAGAUUAAUAAAACCUUUGGAGGAGGAUUUUUGGAAGAUAUCUAUCCUAUUUUUGAGAAACUGUGGCCAUCUAAAAAUUAUUGCCUCUAUCUAAAAUUGGUGAACAAUUUAUUACACAUCUUUUACGGAUAUUUAGAGGAACACAAAAGUUCAUUUGAUAAAAAUAACAUCCGGGAUAUAACAGACCAACUGCUUUUGUCUCGAAACGAGGCUGAUGAUUCCCGCGAUGAAGUGGUUGUGAAAGUUAUGAACGACACUCGUAUUCUACAAACCGUUUUAGCUAUCUUCUACGCUGGGGUCGAUACAACAAGAAUGACAAUGGACUGGUUUAUCUGUUUUAUGUCAGGACACCCGGAAGUACAGGAAAAAUGUAGACAAGAAAUCGAUGCUGUCAUAGGAUCUAGACGCCCGUCAAUCUAUGAUCGACCAAACUUACCAUUCACGGAAGCCUGCGUGUACGAAACUCUGAGGCUUGGAAAUGUAGCAGCCGUUGGCUUACCACACUCCACUCUGUGUGACACCCAGGCUGGUGGAUACGACAUUCCAAAAGACACCACGGUCAUGAUUAAUAUAUAUGCUAUCCACUUGAGCCCAAAGUAUUGGAAAAACCCCGAGAAGUUUGAUCCACAGCGCUUCCUGACAGCAGAUGGGAAACUGGAGGGAAAACAAGAGGGUUGGUUGCCGUUUGCAGCAGGGGUGAGGUCAUGUCUAGGGGAAGCUAUGGCAAAAACGGAGAUUGUCACGAUGUGCGCGUAUCUUCUGCAAAGAUUUGAGUUUAGAUUACCUAAUGGGGUGGAUCCAGAUUUUACAGGGGUGUGUAGCGGAAUUAGUGGAACUGAAGUUCCCACGUCGUAUAAAGUUGUUCUGAAAGAUCGCUUUGUAUAAAGAAAAGUAUUUAUCUGUUCGAUUUUUGCUUUACCUUUAUAAUCACAUAUGUAUGUGUUUACUUCCGUUAGUGACAUAGGCUCAUGUUAGAUGAACAGUAUAUUUUCAAUUUUAUUAAAGAAGCUAUCUUUAGUAAG